AUGGAACAAACGCAAAUCUUGCCUCCCGUGCAAACGACCAAACGAGGCGAAAGAGCGCACGUGCACGCGUUUUCCUCCUCUCUUACGAAGAAGAACGAGUCGUCGCAAUUCUCGUGUACCUACGUCAACGAGAAAACAGGGAAAGCGUACAUAGUCACUUUCCUGGGAAGGACUCAGAGAAAGAAAACGACGGUUGAACACCAACACGCGAAAAUCACGUGCGUCUGCCCGUUCGCGCCUCCUUUCGAUACAAAGAAGCACAUGGCAGCUUCGGGAGCAUCCGACGGUUCAAUCCAGAUCUGGUCGUUAGAAACUGGAGCGUUGAUAAAACGACACGAAAAGGUUUUAGCCGGUCCGGUGCGGGACGUGUGUUGGUCCUUCGACGGCGCGAAGGUACUCCUCGCGGGCGAAGGGCGAGAGCAGUUCGCGAAGUGCGUCGACGCGGAGACGGGGACCGCGGUGAAAGACCUUUCGGGGGCGACCAAAGCGUGCACGACAGUUUGCGGGAGCAGGAAAGGGAAGCCGCACAGAGUUAUAACAGGAUCGGAGGAUUUUCGAGUGCGAUUUUAUACAGGUGGGCCGCCGUUUCAGUUGGAACAACGAGAGCGAGCGAAGCGACGAACACACACUCACGAAAAGUAUAUAAACGAAGUUCGAAUGUCCAGAGACGAUAAGUACGUGCUUUCCGCGGCUGGCGAUGGGAUUGGCGUUUGGGACGUCGAGACGCUCGAGAUGGUUGGCGACGAAGGACGGGUCGCCGCGAAGGACGGAUCGACGUACGGCGUCGCGUGGUUAGACGACGACGAGGAUGAGGAGAAUAACACAAUUUAUCGGUUCGUUUCGAGCGGGGCGGAUAAAAUGGUGAAACUUUGGAAGGUGAAAGACGUCGUGCGAGAACGACAAGUAGGCGUAGACGUAGAAAUCGUCGAGAUUUUGAAGAAAACAGACGAAGAAGGAGAAGAAGAAGAUGACGUUCGGUUGGUCGUGAAACCGAAGACGGAACAACACGUCGCGAAACACGUCACGCUCGAGGACGCGUACAGUUGUUGCGGCGCGGAGACAACCGUCGAUGAUAUGCAAAUAGGCGUGUGCGCGUCCGCCGAGACGGUCGUUUCUUGCGGCUUGUCCGGAAAGAUGACCGUGCUCGACGUCGUCGAAGUCGACGAUAAAGACGAGUUUGGUGAAAGGAAGAAGAAAAAGCAGCUGCGUUUUCGGGAGGAGAUUUUAGGACACUCGAGGCCGAUAACGGCGAUGUGCUCGGUCGAUGUUUCGUCGGGGUCGUCUUCUUCGACGGAGAAAAAGUAUCAGGUUUGGACGGCGAGCAUACGAAGGGAAGACGAUCCGAGACCGAAGAUAUUGGUCUGCGAGUACGUUCCGGAAACGAAAACCAUCGAAAACGUGCGAGAAGUCAUAAAGAAUACGCCGCUGAAAAAAGUCACGAAACUGGUCAACUGCGGGAACGAUAUCGUCGCCGCGAUUGGUUUCGACGAUCACUUGCGCUUCGCGAGCGUUAAAGACAUGGCUUUUAUAGAUGAUGACUUUGACAAUAGUAACGACAAUAACGACCAGGAGUGUCAUCGUCGCGCCGUAAAAUUUGAGCAACAGCCAAUCGACGUCUGCGUCGUUUCCGUUUCCGUUUCGAUUUCGCAAGACGAAGAAGAAGAAGAAGAAGAAGAAGAAGAACCACUACUUCCGAAAACAACAAAAGUUACGACGAAAGAAGUUCACCACUGCGAACUUAUGAUAACGUUUGCAAACGGUCUCGCGAAACUCGUGCCGAUUGAAUACGAGAAAUCGUCAUCAUCGAGCGACAAUAAUGGAGGAGGAGGAGAGUUGAAAAUUCUAUUUGAUAAAAUACAACAGAUUGACGUGAGGACGACGAUUCAGACGACGACGAUUCAGACGACGACGACGAGAAGGAAAAAAGAAGUCGAGUUAUCGUGUGGACGCGCCGUUCAGUUUUCUUCCGGCGGCGGCGGCGAAAAAACGCUUUUCGCUUUCGGCUGCGCCGACGAAGCCGCGGUGUACAUUUUCGAGAGAAGAAACGAAGACGGCGUCGUUGAACACAAACAAACGCUCGAGCGAAGCAACGCGUCCUCGUCGUGCAACAUCACGUGCAUAGAUUUUGCUCCAAACGGAAAACAUCUCGCCGUCGGCGAUUCCAAUCGAGAAAUUGUCUUAUGGACGACGACUUCCAACGCCGAAGAUGAAGAUGAAGAUGACAAAGAUGAAGAAGAAAGAAAACAAGAAGAGACGAAAGAAGAGUUAUUCUUCCGUCUCCUAAAACCGCGCGAUCGACGACACUCCAAAUUCCUUCACAGCAGCCGAAUCGAAGACGUCCACUGGUCUCGCUCCUCCACGUCCUUCCUCUCGUGCUCUUUAGACGGCCGCGCGAAAAUCUGGCGAAACGUAGUACGAAAGAGUAGUAGUAAAAGUAGCGCGGUCAAAGUCGUCGAGGAGGACGUGAACGCCGUCCGAGGCGGCGUACGUUUCGCCCAACUCUUAUACGUCAACAACGAAAACGACGAAAACUUCGACAAAGAAAACGAGGAUGAUUUGGAGACUGCAAAUGCGCAUCUCGUCUGCGUCGGCGCCGAUUGCGCCGUGCGCUUCUUCGCGCAUACUCCGUCUUAG